CUCCCCUGUCAGCCUUCGGAGGUGUCAACUUGCUUUUUAAAAACAGUCGAAGGAUCAUGGAAAAUUUAAAGCGACAGCUCUGCUAAGUUACCCUUGCUCGUAUAUUAGCGCUAAGCGCUACAUAAUGGAUGGAGAUGGAAACAGGGUUAUUUAGGUAUUAGCAACCUAUACAGCUAAUGCUACCAAAACCUUUCUGUGGAUUCUGGGAUUUGUAGGAGCGCUGCUUUAGCGUUCUGCUAUUGAUAUUCCCAUGCUCUUUGGGGGUGAUCGUCAGCCAGUCGCUUCUCAGCAUUCACUGCUCGUCAGCAAUCUGUUCUACCAUAAGUCAUUUGCAUUACAUUUUAUUUGACAAAUGGAAAAGGCUGGAAUAGGCGAAUGCAGUGUCGGCAAAAUGUAUUAUUUUACAGUUGAGGCAGAAUGAAAUAAUUAUUACAUUUAAGCUAUAUAAGUUUCUCCCAAUGGGAGAAGGUACCAGGCAAGGUUUAUAUAGAGCAUGUCUUCUGCACAUCCUUAUAUGAAGUCAGCAGCUAUUGGCUGCUCCCUAGUUCUGCAUCAUGCUCACUUACUAGAGCAUCCUCACAAUCAGAAAUAACACUGUAUCAUUCCUUCUGGGCUGCCUAUAUACUCUGGAAUCCAUGGCAAAAUAUCUCCUGCUGUUGUGAAUGGAUGUCUAAGGAUGGCUGCUGUAAGCCAGUCCCAGCCCGUACGCCAGCCCUGCAUCUACCAUUCAUGCUAUAAAGUGGUUAUCAAUUUGAAGAAACCAUUGCAGCCAAUUCAAAUGAGCAGCAAGCAGGUGGCACUGGAAAUGUUUGCACUGUGUUCACAGUUAGAUGUUCUCAUCAAAGGGGAGGUAAAACAAUUACAGGAGCAGGUUGCAGAUGAUGCGAGCCAUGAUGUGAGCCUUGGGGAGGAUGCUACGUUACAUACAUUAGGGGCAGAUGUUGUGGAAAGAAUGAAAGAAUGUUUAACCAAUUUACCAGAACCUAUUCCAUGCUUAGAGGACUAUCUGGAUACUUCAGGCUUAUCCAUGCUCUUUCCAAGAGUUGAGAUAUACAUCAUACAUGAAAGGCCAGUGGACAUGUUAGAAAAACCUCCAAUGGAUGAAUACUACAUUCACAUAGGAAAACUGAAUCAGCUUUUGGUCCUGAGCCAGCAGUUAGAAGAUGAUGUGAAGCACUUAGGAAGCCAUAAAUAUGUUGCUCAUCAGUUGUCAGUUCUCUAUAAAGUUCUCAGUUAUUUCAGUGGAUACCCCUCUUUGGAUCUUCCAAAGCGAGAUAUUGAAGCUAAUUUUAAAUCAGUGAAAUCUGCUCUAGCUACAAAGGAAGGAUCAAGACAAGAGCCUGUUUUACCUGCACCGCUUUUGACAUGGCUCCUGGAAUUGACACAAACAAUUAUUAGUACAGUAGCCUCACUCCCUGAAGAACUGACAGGGGAAAUAAUGCCAGUGCUAGCAUAUUCUUUGUUGCAGUGAUUUGUAUAACAACAGAAACAAUGUUACAUUUUUACUGGCUUCAAUAGACUAAAUGAGAUACUAAACUUCUGUCAUAGUACCAACUACCAACAAUCAUCUCUACGACAGCAAAAACCUGUAACUCUAAUACAGACUUACAUAAAACAUAUGUUGGAUUGUUUUGUGAAUAUAUCUUCAUGUUGUCAUAUCUCUAUUUGUCAGAAGAAAAUAUUUUAUUUAUAGUGUUGAAAAAGUGCCAAGCUAUUUCCAUGCUAAAGAAGAAGACUUAUAUACUAAAAGACUUCUUAUUAUAUUGCUUUAAUGGUGCAACGUCUUAAAUAUCAUUGAAUUAAAAGGGACGAUACAUAAAAUAGUUUAAGGGGUGACAAGCUCAUGGAUGAAAUUUAUCGACAACACAAACACAGGACAGACUCAUGAAGAUUCACCCAUCUGUGUUCAGGCAAACGAUUACUGAUAAAACAAGUACAGGUAUUGGAUCCAUUAUCCGGAAACCCAUUAUUCAGAAAGCAGGAAGGACAUCUACCAUAUCCUCCAUUUUAAUAAAAUAAUUAAAAUGA